GCACUCAGUAGCUUGCAGCUAGCUAGGGAGCUGGAGAGAGGUAUUCGUUCGCUGCAGUAUCUGCCGGGGGAGACGCAGAACAAAAUUCUGCAAUAUUCAACUACAAGUAUGCUUGCGAACAAAGUGUCUCCAGCCUCCCUACUCUGCAGCAACACACGGACUAGCAGUCAGCUGGAGAUGAGCCUAGCCGUGCAUGUACUGGGAGCAGGCGUGGAGUCCGAGUCCCAGCAGAGCCAGGCCUCUCUCUUUACCAGCGGGAGUGAGCCGGCCAGUUCCAUGGAGCUGUUCUCGGAGCCAGCCUACAGCUCCUCCCUCUCGUGCACCUCCCAGCAGCAGCAACAGCAGCUGAGCCAGAACGACACUUCCUCUCACCACCUCAGUACACACACCCUCAGUGAUAGGCAGACUCAUAGCCAGAAUGAAGGGAGAGGGAUACAGACCAUCAGUGGACACCAACAAUCUCAGGUCUGCAUAACAGACCCUCUUACAAGCUAACUCUGUUCCUGUUACGUCUCUGUAUAAUAGGGUCAGCACAAUAAGUACUACAUGCGCUACCUCUCGUCACUGAGCAAGAAACAGCAGCACCAGCAGCAACAUGGCGAGGGUCUGGGAUCUACUCCACUGGCCACGGGGGGCAGACAGGGAGACACUGUCCACAGCAAGACUACCUUUGAGAGGUGGAAGCUGAACCAACAGGACAGGUUGGAGAAGCAAAAGCUGAUAGAGGAGGUAGUUUCACUAUCUUCUUCUGGUUAUGCAAAAGAGUUGAAAGAGACUCUGGAGAAUUUGAGGAGGGAUGUGAAGGAGGCACUUAGUUCAGAGAUAACCUCAUCCAACAAUCGAGCUCCAGAGGUGGCCCAACUGAAAGAGGCAGAGUUGACUCAGGACCUGCUCCAGCAACUUGUGCGGGGACAAUCUGAGAUCAGGGAACAUCUCAUACACUUGAGAGCCUUAUGCAAUCAGCAAAGUGCAGAGGUUGUUGCACUAAAGGUCCAGGUGUCAACUCUAGGAGAGCAGCAGGCUAAGACCAUUGGGUCAACACUCCCCACUGAACUGGCUAAACUGGUGGAGACUGCUGUGAGACAGUGUCUCUUCGGACUUGAGGCUCGAGUCUCUCAGCUCUCAGGACAGUUGAAGACACAUGUGACUACCACUCAGUCUAGAUCAACAGCUGCUGCAGUGAGGGAAGAGGACAGAGGUAUGGGUCCCAGUCCACAGGCCAGGCAUCAGCAAUGCCACAAUCGCUCCACCACUACCACUGAUGCUUGCGUUCCUACCCUCCACACUGCUCCAGUGACCAAGUCUAGUGAGAACAGUGGUACAGGCCAACCAAACUCGCAGAUCCAGAGGAAAAGAAAGGGCCCGAGAGACUACAACCAACAGCCCAGCUCUACCAAGAACAACAGCUCUAAGAGCAGAGGAGGAGAGCAGGAGAAACUGCUGUCACAGAACUCCACUGAAAGCAACUCCACUCCCUGUGACAUAGACCUCACCCAGCACUCUCCCCUGGCGUGCAGUCAGGUCAUCUCUGACAGCAUCCAGAGACUCAAACAGACCUCAGCCUCCAGCCAGCCAGCCUCACAGGAGAGAAAAGUACCCAAAAUAAGACCAGGGCUCCCCUCCUCUCCCUCUCAGGCACCAGCAGCCAAGAGAAAGAGACAGACUGGCCGAGUCACCAAGCAGAGAGCCACUGCUCAAAAGGGAAAGGUGCUGGCCACACCAAAAGUCACCAGACGCUCACAGAGACUGAGUAAUAUCUCAGCAGGACAGUCUACGGGGAAACCUUCUCAGCCGAGACACAAUAAGAAAGAGUGUGGAGCAAAGAUAAAGACAGAGGAA